UAUUGCGAUAUGUUGAUGGUGAGCGUUAGAUAAUGGAAAAUGACUUAACAUACGUUAUUUCACGCUACUUAUCAUCUGCAAAUACCGUGUCCAGUUGCUUCGCAAGCUGAUUCUCUGCCGUGUCUACCAGUUCAAAGAUCUAACGAGCGUGCUCCAGUUUUUCGUCUAGAGUGCUUCACGCCGAGCACCAGCAGGUAUGCUGAACAGGUGAAACGUCGAGCGCGCUGGGUCGGUUGCGCUGGGCUCCUCGUAGAUUAGAUCCGUCGGUCAUCGUUUGCUGCGCGUGCCAAGUGCUCGCCGUGUUGGAGCGGCGAUGUGGGCCCUACUGAGUCGCAUCGCGGCCUUCUUGUACAUGCAAAUAAGGCCAACGGUCAAGUGGAUUCUCCGUAGUUUGACUCGCCUGUGCGAAUUGCAGCGCAUUUGCUAUGGGACCGAGCGGGGAUGCAAGCGCACUCGCGAGCUCGAAUGGAGCUUGCAGAUGUCGCGCACCCCGGCCGUUCGAACCAUAUACGAUCGGCUCAUGCAACUCGCCGACGAAGGCCGCUUCACCAAGGAGCUGUGCGCGACCGCCGUCGAGUACGCCGUCAUAGGCGUCACCUGCGUGAAGAAGAUCAACACGCAGGUGCACCGCGAAUUCGUGCGCUCUUUCCGGACCAGCAUGCUCCAGAUGUGCGGCUACAGGCAGCUCGUCUACGAGGUGGAGCUGCUGCGCAAGACGCAGUUUGUGGCGCAGGACCCCGAGCACCUGAACAAGCUGCUGCGGCUGUGGAAGCUGCUGCGGCCCGACGAGCACCUGCGCGGGCCCGUGUCCAAGCAGUGGACCGAGGUGGGCUUCCAGGGCGAGGACCCGCGCACCGACUUCCGCGGGAUGGGCAUGCUGGGACUGGAGAACUUGGUCUUCUUCGCCACCGAGUACACCGAGGUGGCGCGCCACGUCCUGUCCCACUCGCUGCACCCGCAGUUCGGCUACUCGUUCGCCAUCGUGGGCAUCAACCUGACGAGCCUGUUGUACCACCUGCUCGUCAAGGGCAAGCUCAAGUCGCACGUGUACAACGCGGUCGCCGAGAGGCCGCACGUCGACGACUUCCACAGGGUGUACUGCUACGUGUUCUUCGAGUUCGACAAGUUCUGGCUGGCCGAGAAGCCGGCGGACAUCAUGGAGUUCAACCGCAUCCGGGACAAGUUCGAGGACCGCCUGGUCCAGAUGCUCGAGAAGGACGACUGCGUGUUCAAGCUGACGCUGGCCGUGAAGAAGGUGUGAGCCGCAGUGAGGGGGUUGCCGUGGCAGUUGCGCAGAGUGUGGUGGGGAUGUGUUGCGCGUUUGUUUACUAACUGCAUGCAGAGCAUUGCCUGGUGAUCGGGAAAAGGCAAUACUUGCACACCGGUGCCGCGUCUUUUGUCGUGGUCGUCAGAGAAGCGCGGGGAGUUGGGUGCAUAGCGGCUAGCCUGACUUGCUGAGGGCAGUCAACGCUGUUCCAUGCCAGCGACCUGGGUUAUUUUGCAUAAACCAGCCCACAUUUGAAAUGCUGACAUUGCUGUGUGGCGCUGGUGGUCGAAUUGUUGCCUGACAACAUGCAGAGUCCAGGCAGUGACCGGUGUGAGAAAAAAAAAAAAAAAACGGUGCAAGUUCCAUAUUCACCAUGCACAUAAAUAAGGCUGCCCUUGUGCCAUACUUUAGAUUUGCCUGUGAUCGCAAUCAUUUCUUCAUAAUCACAAAUUCAUUUCCUCAUGCCUAGCAUACUCUUAUCCAUAAAGGGAAGGUGUUCCGCUGUGGUGCACAUAUUUUUAAUUGUGUGUGGAUAAACAUCUUACAUUGCACCUGUGAUUUUUAUGUGCAUGUUUCUCCAACAUCGGGUGACCAGAACAUGUGUUGUUACUGUCUAUUUUGUGUUGUCUUUUUCAAAAUGUUCUCAAUGCAGCUGGGAAGCUUUGAGAUGGCUUCAGGCCAUUUGCUCUGUCCCCGGUUGCCAGUGGGAUAGAGUGCAUUUUAUUUAUAGAUAUUGAUUGUAUGUGCAUGCAAAAUAUUUGGUGGUGUGGUUAUUUUCCUCCGGGCUUUGCAUUAUUUUUUGUGUGCAAAUGUUUGAAGUCCUGACCAACAUUAUUGCUCUGUGAAGGAACCAGUAAAAUCAUAGCUUUUCAUUGUCAACAGAGUGUACAAGACAGGUUCUAUGAGGGUACAGUCAGACCAUUUAGGUUGUUCCAAUAUUGCGACUACACUUCUGAGCUACAGCUGAGAAGUUUUCGGUUGAAGGUGGCCCUUCUAAUGCUGAAACAUUCUGUGCAGAGCUGGACCUUUUCGGUGGCAGCAUUACACUUUCAUCAGAUUGUAGGAACAGCCCGAAGCUUCUCCGAAUUUUUUGUUAUUGUUGUGGCUGUAUUUUCUAUAAUGGCUCCUCCGGUUGACACUUGACCUCACGAAAGUGGAUUCAGUGUUCCCCCAAUGACUUGAAUAGCCAGUGUGCUUUAGGGUCUUUUGCACGACGGUUCCAGAGCAAAAAUGUUGCAAUCAUGGAGCACUUUCUCUUCGUAAGGAUCUCGAAGAGGAGAUGUUGAACUGUAGCGUUUACAGUUAAAGAGUUGUGGUUAGCUCCACACAGUGGAGUCAAGGAAAGAAUUUGUGAAUGUGGAGGUUAGUGUCUCAGAACUGUAUACUUUUAAAGGACUAUGACAUAUUUUUCAAGUUCUUGCAUGUUAAGCACUUGGCAAGUUGAAGCUUAAGAAAUAUUUAAAAAAAUAUUUUAAUUUGAUACUACAGUUCGUCUUGAAAUGUCGGACCUGGCAUCAUCGUCAUUGCCGUGAUGGUAUGACACAGAGCAAAAAUUAGCCAGUGUUGUGUGGUGAUAAGGCUAGCUAUAAGGACUUUGCCCCUAAAGAAAUAGACAAGAAUUCUGCAUGCAUUCUUGCUGCUCCUGUGUCUAGCAACUGCAGCAAUCAGAAACGAAGCAAGGCAGUGUAUCAUGAUGUCACAACGCAUCGACACCCGAAGUAUGAAAACCGGAACUGGGGUUCAUAGAAACAAAUAUUCUAUUAAAUUAUUUAGGGUGCUCUGAUGCUUCACUGUGUGAGUUUACAGUGUUUUGACCUAGCAAAAAAAUGGGGAGGUCCAAGAUGUUGUGACGGCACUCCUUUAAAAUAGCAUUUCACCUUAUAAAGGUAUAAUAUGCAAGUAAUAUUGCUGACCUGUCAAGUUGUUCUUGCUGUGCACAGUAGGUUCAGUACAAUACAAAUGAAUGUUCAAAGGAAGUUGCACUGUGUAAGAGGUAUGCAGUCCAUCAUUUGUGCGUGUCCAUAUGACAGAACACCAUUAUUUGCAAGUACUAGGCAAGCACAACAGAAUGUUGGCUCAGUGAAGUAGGACCUUGACUUAGACAACUUGUUCUGCCCUUGGUGAGAACGCAGCACGAGUGGUAUGAAGACAGAAUGCUGCAUGGAACAGUCAUUUUACUCUUUGGUCUUUGACCCAGUUGUGCUUCAUUCUUACCAAGAAUGGCUUGUGGAACUUGAGUAAGUGAGAAAUAGCUCUAGGAUGGGGUGAAUAUGUGACAUGGUAUGCUGUACUUUAUGCUUUAACCUAAAAGAAGUGUGCGGUUACACAAAAGUGGUGUACGAUCUGGUGCAUCGGAUGGCUCGUUCCCUUUUGUGGGUUCGGCUUUAGAAAUUGGAAUUGUGAGCACUGUCAUUGCAAGGCUCUCUACCAGCAGUGGGCUUGUCAGACUGCAUGCUGCGAGAGGUGAAUUAUGGUCGUGCUGCUGAGCAGGGGAUUGUGAUUCCCAGCUGUGACAGCUGCAUUUCGAUGGAGUCGGAAUGCAAAAAUGCUUGUGUAUUUAGAUUUAGAAUUGUUUCGUUUAGAGUCACAUCAGUAAGAGUCCUGAUUUUAAUCUUUGUCUGCAUUAUUGGUUCAGCAUUGAUCCAUAGAUGUUUUUUGAUCUUUGGAUAUUGCUGCAUUGCAAUGGUUUCACAUUCAUGUCUAAGGGCAGGUUAAGUAUUCCUAUGUUGAUAACCCUUAUUUUGAGCAAUUUUUGCUCACCGAGUGCCGACUUGCCUGAUCAGGCCAUCCAACUAAUGUCCUGCUUAUUAGAGGAGCAGCACAUACGUGGUUUUGAAACUUAGCACCACCCCUAGCGACAGCUACGCAACACAAUGCCUUUGAUCUCUUUUUUUACACAGACGAUAGGGGAGCUCUCGGCCCCGUAGUCGUUCUAGCUCACUUUUCCCCAACCAGCAAAUUACAGGAUGACACACUGCAACUUCAUGAGUAUGUCUCGUGAUUACCACCAGGUUUGGUGGUGUCGCUACAAUCCGAUUGGCUGAUGGGUAUAGAUGGUUUUGCAUGUGCCUUGGCAGCAAUGAACCAGUGACUCCAAGAAACUUUAGGUCCUGUGAGCUAUUAGCCUACCGUACUGACAAAAAGAAGCAUUUUUUUAAUUUGGCACGACGUCUGAGAUGCUUCUUUCGAUGUUUUCAAAUAAAAGAAAUGGGUAUGAUGCCUAUAGUACAGACAUUUAUAAUUUUCAGAGUAAUUUAUGACAAAAUUGAUUUGUAAUUUAUCAUUAGCUGCAGAAGAAAACUUAAAAACAUGCAGGCUUAUGAUUGCAUCGCUACGAUGGCUCAUCGCCAUCAUUCUUACCCGCUGUUAGGAAUGCUGGAAACUUGCCAGUCUCCGUUAGUAAACAGCUAAGUGAUCUAUAGUGCGUCGUCAUGUCCAAGUAGUUUUUUUUUUUUUCUCACAGCCCUGUUUGUACAGCGAUGCACAAAUUAUCGCUAAGAGCUAACGGAGAAAGAAAGGGGAGAGAGUACAUUACAAAGGCAUGAGGAAGAAGAGAAGAAGCAACUGACAGAAUAGAGCACUGUUGAAAGUUAUGCUCGUCGCAUUCCCAGAGCCUCUUUGGUUGGCUGCGUGACAACCUAUAUGGGAAGUAAGAGACGUGACAGGAAAGAGCACCACAGCACUCUGGAUACAGCGCUCCUUCCUGUCACGUUUCUCACUUCUCAUAUAGAUGGUCACGCUGCUAACCAAAGAUGCAACAUUACCAACAUGCUCGUUCAGCCACCCUUGAAAAUUCCCAGAGCAUUUGUUGAAUGUACCAAAUGCAUUGCUAGAUGGACAAGUCGGCAUUCGUGUUCACCUUCCAUGAUUUUUCUUGGAAAUCAGAUAAAAUUUAUGCAACAUCCAGAAGAGAUUAUGAAAGCAGUAUUCAUACUUUGUUGUACCUUCAGUAGUAUCGGUGCAAAUUGUUGGUUUGAAGUGUUUCAGUGUUUGCUUUCAUGUGUUAGUUUGCACAAUUACGGGAGGAGCGCAUUGCAUGAGGCUUGUAGUUGCUGCCAUAGACAUGAGCAAGAGUUCGAGGUAGCUAUUUUGAAUCUCAAAUACACAGCACCUUAAAUGUGUUGAGGCUCAAGAGUAUUAGGUGGGAGACAAAAGAAAGGAAGUUGCUGCAGAAAAGGCAUUUCAUCACAACUCAGCGUUAAUCUUCAGAAUAAACCUUCUCUCUUCCUUAAGACUCCUGCAUGUUGACAAUCUCACUUGUGUGCAUUAGGAAAGAUGCUGGGUGUUGCGUAAAUAACGGAGCCAGCUAUAAAGGGCACUUUUGGCUGUGCCACUGGCUUGCUUAAGCUGGAAUUUCAUUGAGAGGUGGCAUUUUGUGUUGUAUUUUUUGUGUGAAGUAUUUGUCUCUCUCAGACAGAGUAAAGUACACCUACGGUGGGAUAAUGUAACGGUUCCUGUCACUUGGUUAUUGAUGCGAAAGCAUCAAAUGACUCAUUAAGCAAAACAGCCGGCUUUUGUAGCAGCGAAACGGAGCCUAAGUUCCCAAUGGCUGCGACGCCACGUCACAAGCGUGCCUUGACGGAGCAGAGCGGGUGAACCAGAACACCAGGUGUUGCGUGAGGGGAGAGGGCAUUACCUCAGUGCCAUGUCACCAGCGCAGCUCGAAGGAUGACGAUGUGGGGCAAGACGGGUUGUCGCCUGAUGCAUGCGUGUGGGUGCUGCCGUCUUGCUCUCGGAAGCCAGUGCGCAGUCCCUAUCUCUCUCUCCCACCCCCGCUGGGCUUGGCUGCUGCAUGCGCCUGUCUGCUUCGGUGGCCGCCGCUGCUUCCUCGGUCUCUCGUCGCACAGGACAUUCGUGACAUGCGUCAUUGGCAUUGCAGGCUGCUGCUGCUUGCUGGCUCGGGCAGCACAGAACUCGAAAAACCGCUCAGCGGCAUUCAAUUGGACAUUAAUGCGCUCGCAAUCAUAACUCGUAAGAAGUGCUUAGGUGUGCUCGGAUUUUUUUCUUUGAUCACCUGCCGAUCAUGACUGCACAAUCCUAUUGUAAACGUACUGAAAGUUGGGCAAGUUGGUAGCUAUUCAUCUUGAAACUGCAGCGCGGGCACAUGAAACGAGGACAAUAAGGCAAAGGUAACAGACAGGCGCUGACUCGCAACUCAGUUUACUUUUGGAGGGAAAUUACACACCUAAAACUUUAGUCAGACUGGGUAUAUAUAUGUGUGUGAUUUCCCUCCAAAAAUAAACUUGAGUUGCGAGUCAGCGCCUGUCUGUUACCUUUGCCUUAUUGUCCUCGUUUCUUGUGUGCGCGCUGCAGUUUCAAGAUGAACUGCACAAUCCUGCUGAUAAGGAAGGCCAUGUGUGCUUGGACCACUCUCGAACUGCAACACAGAAAAAGCUUGGAUAUUAUUGUUGCAUUAUCCUAGCCUGUAUACUUGGCGAUCCUAUUUACGUAACAUUUUGUAUGUCAUUUGCGAUGAUGUGGAGGCAAACAAACUUAACACUUUAGCAAAUGCAAUACACUCUUUAAAAAAUGUUACACCUUUUGCAGGUUCCAGAAGCGCAGAUGUUUGUCCCCAAACAAUAAUCGUCUGUCUUGCUUGAGUUCCCUUGAAAAUUCUGUGCUCACUACUUCCCUGUGAAGAAUUCUAUGUAAUGCUAAUAACACUCAUACCAUUCGUGACCGUUUAGCGUAAAAAAAUGCAUGCAAGAUAGAUUACGAUUAUUGUUUGGGGACAAGAUAACCCUCAGAGGGUCCAAGGUUUUCUUAGAGUGUAGUGACAGGCAGUCUGUCAUUGUUAGGGCAUCGGAGGGUGCCACCCACUGUUGUGUUAAAAGCUGUGCAUUUCUUGUGUGGUGCCACUGCAGAUGACGCAUGCUUAUGAUUAUCAAAGUGAGCAAGUACCGCAUGCAAGUGGGGUAUUAAUCAAAAUACCUCGACGAACCCUGCCUUUGAGUGGAAUUUGAUGGUGACAGAGUCAGCAGCUUGGCUGCAGAAGCCAGUUAUAGACAAGCUCUAGAGCACGACAUGAAUAUUCAGCAAUGAUGCCCUCACAUUCUAUCUAGACAAAAAAAAUAAUUUCAACAAUUUCAACUGCCCUAAAUUGCUUCAAUUAAGCUGCAGGAAAUUUAACGGCCAACUGAAACAGCAUUCUAUUUUGGCUAUAAGGGUAUAAGUAUAUACUAUCAAGACAUCUUAGCAAAGCUGCAUUGCUGUUAACUGUUUAAUUUUCCUAUUAACAGCCUUUAAAUAGCACCUAAACUGAUGCAUCAGGUGUGUGGUGGUUAGCAAAUUGCAGAACAUGGCCUCUGAGAUUUUUAGUACACUGUAGUUGCUACCUGAUCUCUGAGGUCAUGUCCAGGCGGCACGCUGGUUCUCAAUGUUCAAUGUUUUGCGCAAAGUCAGUUCUGGCGAACAGUAAUGGCAGUGUUUUUUUUGUCAAUAUCACAAACUUUUUGCGACAUUUAGUAAAGCUGUGAACCCGGCUAGUUGGUGCAUGUUCCUGAUUGUAUUUCUUUUCGUACAAUUCUUUCAGUGUUAUAACUCGGCCUAGCACAAUCAUGUUUUUACAACAUAAUUUCAAACAUAAAGCAUAUUUCAAACAAAUUUUGGUAGAGGCUGCUCUAUCACGCUGCAAAUGAAAUGCUUAUGUUGUCCAAAAGUUGUUUGGGAAAGAUUGUUGUUAUAAGCAGCAACCAGCAAAAAAAAAAGCAGAAGUGUCACUGUAGCCAUCUUCUAUUCUUGCCUGUAUUGUUGUUUGUUUACAAACUUGCAGUUUGUCUAUACUUGUCGUCGCGCAUAAUUUGAAGAGUGCAGUUUGUGCCCAAGCCUUGAAUGCAACCCAUUAAAAGAGCAGACACAGUAAAGCCGCACUGAGAUAUGGUCCAAUAACUGCCACAUUUGUGAUAUUAAAACAUUCCAGUAGACUCUGAAUGUUGCACUUCCUCGGCUUUCGAAUGUUGCAUCAAUAAAGUAUUCUUUUAUUUCAAGAC